CAAAUAGACCCACAGCCAGUCUCUGUACUCUGCGGCCAUAGGAAUGAAUCAUGGACUGGUUCCAUUCAAUCACCACUCUGCUCCUACUCAACCUGGGAUAAAGUAGAAACACAGUCGGUCUCUGCGCUGAGCGGCCAUAGGAACGAAUCAUGGACUGGUUCCAUUUAGUCUCAGCUCUGCUCCUACUGAACCUGGGCUGUGGGAAACCCGUGGUGGUCAGAAAGCGCAUGGUGGGAGGGAAAGAUGCAACGAAAGGGCAGAACCCCUGGCAAGCGAUCGUGUGGGUUCCCGGUAAAUACUACUGCGGCGGGUCCCUCAUCAGCAGCAACUUAGUUCUGACUGCAGCUCAUUGCUUCGAAGUCCUUGAUGCCUCCUCUGUUGUUGUGAUUCUGGGGGCCUACAAAAUAACUGGAAACCCCAAAGAGGAAAUUCCUGUUCAGGUUAAACAGAUCAUUAUCCACCCUAGUUACAAUGAAUCGGAUAAUUCUGCAGACAUUGCCCUUCUACAGCUCUCCCAGAACGUGCCCUUCACCAGAUACAUCCUCCCAGUCCUUCUCCCGACCACUUCCACCGUAUUUCUGCCCGGUCAGAGCUGUGUCGUUACCGGAUGGGGGUACCUUGAGCUCAAUAAAACCAAGCCGAAGCCUGUGAAUCUACAGGAGGCGGAAGUGCGGCUGAUGAGCGCGGAGCAGUGCCGGGGUUACUAUGAGAGUAAGGGGGUCGGGCCCCUGGUUGGGGCCGGCAUGAUCUGUGCCGUGGAUAUUCUGGGGAGAAGUGGCCCCUGCCUGGGUGACAGCGGGGGGCCACUGGUUUGUUACAAGGGGGGGCAGCAGUUCCUGGUUGGAGUGGUGACUUUUGCCUCUGGUUGUGGCGGGGAACCCCCAGCAGUCUAUACUAGUGUGUCUGCCUACUUGGACUGGAUUAAGAACUAUAUGGAAUGUGCUGAAGACUAGGACUUCUUUGUAGCGAUUUCCACACUCGCCAUGAAGAGUUGAUUGAAGAACAUCUCCUAGAGUUUCAAUAACUGUAUUUGAUGUUUGAGUUAAGAUCUUGUGCUUUAGAUCUAGAUAUAAUUUGCUUAAUGGUCCCAGAAUGGAUCUAUGGAAUCAAGAGGAAAAACAGAGCAAAGGGAUUUUAUUGGAGGAUCCUGUUGCAUCACUUGAGGUUCUGGAUUUGGGAGAACUUUAUACAGAUCAGCUGGGAUUCUCAUUGGAGGAUUCUUUUGCAUUUCAAUGCUGCCAAUGCGGGCCCUAGAGAGCUGGGAAAGUUUUAUUGUACAAUAUUGCUUUAAGAAUACAACCCUGAUGUUGCUGGACUACAGCUCCCAGCAUGCCUCACCCUUCAUUAUAUGUUACAUUAUUCUGGGAUUUGUAGUCCAGCAACAGCUGAGUAACGUUUGGCUGUGCAGCAGGGUUUAGUGUCCCUUUAAAGUAUAUUGUUUCCCAUUUUGUUGCUGGGGGUACCCCAAAAAACAUCUACCAUCCUACAUAGGAAACAGGAUUCUUUGCAAUAUGAACCCCACUUCCCCUGGGGUUAAAUCAGAAGUGAAUAUUCUACAUUUCUCCAUGUACAUUUUCUCAGUAAACUUCUCUCUUAAAGCAA